CGGGCGGGACGGGCCGGGCCGGGCGGCGCGGCCGGAGGCGGAGCCCGCGUGUCCCGAUCGCCGCUCCGGGCACCGGGGAGCGCGGGCCCGCCGGCCGCGGCGGCACGAUGCUGCUGUUCGUGGAGGAAGGGGUCUGGAGGAGGGAAAAUUUCCCUUUCUGGUGAAAGGGGACUGGAGCAUUAUGACAGUCAAGUCUUUAAAAGCUUAUGAGUUCCCAGAGCCCUUGCCGAGUAGCCGCUGCCUCCGCUGAUGUUGUCGGAUGUCAAUAAAGAGAGGUUGAAGGCAACACUUCUAAUGGAGCAGGUAACAUCGAAGGGUGCUGGCUUGAACCCCAACGCUAAAGUGUGGCAAGAAGUGCCCCAGGGCACUGGCGAGGCCGUGCCCCCCACCAAUGGCACAGAGCACGCGUGGCAGGAGACAGCAGCAGCCCAGGGGACUCCAGCUGAGGGUAACAUAGAGAUCUCAGAGGACAGCUGCAAGCAGUAUGAAGUGAUGUAUUCCCCGUCCUGUGAGGCCACAAGGAACGGCACAGGAGUUGAUGAGGCGUCAGCAAAUGGAAUUGUCCUGGCAACUGAAGAUCUGGGCUACCAAAUCUAUGAAGUGUCUGGUGAUGGCAGCUCCACUGUGUCCACAGAAGACAUCAGAGAAUGUUUGAGAAAACAACUGGAGUUCUGCUUCUCACGGGAGAAUCUUUCAAAGGAUCUCUACUUGAUGUCUCAGAUGGACAGUGAUCAGUUUGUUCCAAUAUGGACAAUUGCCAACAUGGAAGGGAUUAAGAAGCUCACAACGGAUAUGGACCUUAUUCUUGAAGUUCUGAGAUCUUCUCCUAUGGUACAAGUGGAUGAAAGGGGGGAGAAAGUCAGACCAAACCACAAACGAUGUAUUAUCAUUCUCCGUGAGAUCCCUGAAACAACACCUAUAGAGGAGGUGAAGGCUCUGUUCAAGAACGAGAACUGCCCCAAGGUGAUAAGCUGUGAGUUUGCUCACAACAACAACUGGUACGUUACAUUCCAGUCCGACACCGACGCCCAACAGGCGUUCAAAUACUUAAGGGAAGAAGUGAAAACCUUUCAGGGCAAGCCAGUAAUGGCCAGGAUAAAAGCCAUCAACACGUUUUUUGCUAAGAAUGGUUACCGGGUGCUGGACUCGAGCGUGUACCCGCAGCCUGUGCAGAGCCAGGCGCAGUUUGCCUCCCCCCUGUUCAUGCAGCCUGUGUACAGCCCUCAGCAGUACUCCAUUUACAGCAUCGUGCCUCACACCUGGUCUCCCAGUCCUGCACCUUACUUUGAGACACCACUGGCCCCGUUUCCCAAUGGUGGAUUUGUGAAUGGCUUUAAUACACCAGGAUCAUAUAAAACAAAUGCUGCUUCUCUGAGUAUAGGUCGCCCGUUCCACAGGAACAGGGUGAAGCCCCAUUUCCGCUCGUCCGGCACCUCGGAGCACCCCGAGGGCCCCCCCGGCGCCGGGGCCCUGCCCGUGGGGGACCUGAGCAGAACCAGCUCCAGGAAUUUUGUCAUGGAGAGACACAACAGCUCCUUACCCGGGCACCAAGACCAGGGGUAUUCCCAGAAGGAUUCUCCCACGGCAGCGCUGGAGCAGAACGGCGAUUACGGCGUCGGCAGGGGCAGGAGGAACGUGUUCAGAGGUCGGAGGAGACGGGAGGACGACCGAGUUUCAAGACCUCAGCCUUCAGCAGAAACAAAGACUCAGACACCAAAGUUUGACUUGCUUGCAUCCAAUUUCCCACCUUUGCCUGGCAGCACAGCAAAAAUUCUGGGAGAGCCGGUGCUGGAGAGCAGAAUGUCUGACAUUGUAAAAGGAGUCUGCAAAGAGAAGGAAAGCAAAGACUCCCAGUGCCCCUGCCCAGCUCCUGCUCUGGAUGAACAAACGCCCGGCGCUGCCCCAGCGCCCGUGCCCAGCGCCAGCUCCCCGAGCCAGGCCGAGCCCCUGGGGCUGAGCACGGUUCAGCCAGAGAGCAAACCAGAAGAAGUGUCUGCUCCAAAGGACGUGGCCAGCCCAGCUUCUCCGCCGGCACCCGUCAGUCCCGUGGGUGCUGCAAAGCCCCCGAGGACAAACAGCUCCUCCCCUUCUGCUCAGGCAGGUGCAGCUCCUGCCCUGUCAGCACAGGAGCCCCGCAAGCUCAGCUACGCCGAAGUCUGCCAGAAACCCCCCAAGGAGCCCCCUGCAGCCCCGAAACCCCCAAAGGAGCCCCCUGCAGCCCCGAAACCCCCAAAGGAGCCCCCUGCAGCCCCCGUGCAGCCGCUGAGGGAGCACCGCGCCAACAUCGUCCCCCCCGCCAAAGCCGACGAGAGCGGCGCGGCGGAGAAAGCUCCGGAGAAGGCUCCUCACGAGAGGGCCGAGCCCCGAAUGAAGGAUUACCCCGGCUUCCGCGGCAGCGGGGCCCCCAGGGGAGCUGCUGCUGCUGCUGCUGCUGCUGCUGCUGGCAAAAUCAGGGAACAGAGGCGCCAGUUUGGACGCAGAUCUUCGCCUCAGGGAGCGCCGCGCCGCGCGGGCAAGGAGCAGUACAAGGAGCAGCACGUGCCGCCCCGGUCACCAAAGUAACGCUGGGCCAGCCAACAAUUCUCUUUUAACCUGAGCUGUGAACUUCAGGGCAGCACAGAGACCUGAGGAGGGAAGGAUUCGGGAAGGGGAAUUGCUGAACCGGAGCGUGGCUUUGUGCCGAGGAAGUUGCGGAGGGUCCCAAAAUUCAUCUCGAGAAGUGAUUUCGCAAAUGCUGGAGGAUUCCAAUCACUAUAAAUAGAGAGAUUAUAAUUUUUGUAUUUUUUUUGUUUUUUUUUUUAAAUUUGCAGAGGGUUUCCUGCUUGAAAUCAGCUUUGGGAUUGUGAGAGUAGCGUUUUGACAAAGUGAAAGAAUACGAGUUGACAAAUGAACCUGUCCCUCGGCGUAGGAGGAAAAGGAUAAGAGAAUAUUAUUUUUGGAAAAUGAGCAUUUCUGUAAAAUUAGAACUUUGUUUUUAACCUAUUUAACGUUUGGCUUGUGGGCUGGUGUGUCUGCCAGGGAUGGCCUGGCAUUGCAGAGGCCUCUGCAGCAGCGUGAGCGGAGCGAGUGCAGCCAGGACUGUUGUCAUCACUUAGUCACUGAUGAUGAAAACUGAAUGUACUACUGUAGUAACCCAUGUGUUUCCAGCUUGAAGUAGAGUCUCUUGACCUUACUAAUCUCUCAUUCAGCAAGCUUUUUAAGGUAUAAGUUUUGCAGGAUACUGGAUUGUAGACGAGAGUGCGUGGACAGCAGAAAUUGUGUCGUAGUGGAAGGAGGCAAAGGGAGCACGUGAGAGUUUUUAUUAUGCCCUCUUUGCUCGCCUCCUUUUGAGGGCAGCUCCUUAGGUUUGGGGUUUGUUUGUUUGCUUUUUCCCUCUCUUGUUACUUUCUCUGAUUUCUUUAUUACAGACUUUAGUGCAUUUUUCUUGGUGUGUUUUCCUGAGGCAGCCCCAGGGCAGGACGGGCAGGUGGCUGCACAGCACCUGGUGUUACCUGCACAGGUAAAGAGCCUGGAAUUCCAGCUGCAGACGUGGAAUUCUGCCUUGCAGGUGGGAACUCUGGGCACUCGCUGUCAUCUCUGGGUGACUGGGCAGCACACCAGAGCUGUUUUCUCUGUGCUGGCUCUGCAAUGGGCUGUUGGCUGCUGUAUUGCCACAAAUCAGGGUUUAGACUCCUGGGAACUCCUUGUUUACAGCUGAUGUCAUAGCAACUGACUGGGUUUGAACUGUUUCAAGUGGAACUAAAGAUGCAGAGCUGAAGAAAUCCCCUCGUGUUCAGAGAAGCUGCUGGAGCUGUGGCUCCCUGCCAGCUGUGUGCUGACUGAAUUUGCAACACUAUUGUGCAGUAAGGGGUUAAGUUUCAGGGUGAUUAAUGACAGAAAUAGGAACAUUCAGCGCAUUAAUCUGCCAAAAUCAGCAUACCAGGGUUCAAAGUUCUGUAUAAAGUGUUAGGGAAAAGUAGCUUCUAGCAGUAAGAAUCACAUCUUUUAUUUUUUCCUCUUUUUUUUUUUUUUUUUUUUUAGUGAAUAGCAAGUGUACAAAUUUAAAGUUGUAAGUUGUGAACACUGGAAAACUCAAUUGUGAUAUAUUCCGUAACCAUCUUAGUAAUAUAUGCUCGUGUUGCCAUAGAAUGAAUGUAAGUGGCAGUUCAAAUAACUGUGAAAUUUUUCAUCUUCUGAUUUCUUAGCCAGAUAACCCUUGGGCCUCAGUAGGAAUUCUCUAUCAACUGCUUGGACAACACUCAUAUCUAUUUUUAUAAAUAUAUAUAUAAAGCCAGAGUUGUCAUUUCUCUAACUUAUUAUUCAGCUUGGCGAUUGCUUUUGAGUCGAUUCAUGACACAAUACAAUGUAUUUAUGAGGUUAACUGUUCAUUUCUGGGCAUGUUCUCAAGAGAGAGUCAGAGAAUCAUCGAGUGGGCUGAGGAAGGGAACCCAGCAGGAUCCCCUGGCCCUGCACAGACACCCCAAAAUCCCACCCUGUGCCUGAGAGCAUUUUCUAAAUGCUGCUGGAAAUGAGACAGGCUGGGAGCUGCCAGCCCUUCCCUGGGGAUCCUGUUCAGUGCCUGAUCCCACCCUGGGCAGGGCCUUUUCCUGAUCUCCCACCUCAGCCUCCCCCAGCUCAGCUCCCUGCCUUUCCUUGGGCCCUCAAGCAUGAGGAAAUAUAUAUAUUUAUAUAUACAGAUAUAUAUAGAUAUAUAUAAAACACCCCCAAAAUCACUAUUCACUUGGAAACUACCUGUACUGGGUUUGGGAGGUUUUUUUUAAUUUAGUAAAAAAAAUCGUUGAUCACAUCCACAGUUUAGGGAUUCUUACAGACCCUUCUCCCUUUGAUAACGUUACUCUUGUUGGAAUGAUAGGAAAGCUUCAAUAUUUAGUGUCAAAAGUGCUGAAAUGCAACGAAUGCAACGUUGAAUUCAUUUCAAAGGCUCUAUAAACAAUUCCUGCAGCCGAACUGGAACAGAACAAGCCUGUAGGUGGUUCUUGGGUGUUUAGGGAGAUGUUCUGGGAUGCUGAGGAAGCUUUGGGUGCUGACAGCUCUGGGCUGUUCGGAGGAGGAGUUGUGAGGGAAGGUGCAGAGGUUGCUCAGAAUUCCCUGAUCCAGUGUCAGAGAUUUGCUCGUGCUGAGAGCACCUGAGUGGUGAAAUGGAAUUUUGCCAUCAGAGAUCAGAUGUGGGGAAACCCAACCCACUCCAUCCUCCUGGUGAUGGGGAAGGGCUGCUCUGUGAGUCUGGGAGUGUUUCCAGCAGCUCCUCGUGGCCCUCGUGCCCUGGAUGGAGCUCGGGUUGUAACUUUGCUUUUCCAGCAUAUCCAAAAUUCCCUCAGCUUGGGGCACUUGGAAUGAUUUAUUUCACCCCUGCCUGCAAGGAUUGCACGUGAGCAUUUCCCUUCCACCACUUCCAACUGUGGUUUGGGGUUUCUUUUUUUUUCUGUCUUUUCUUUUCUGUGCAGGGGGAAAUUCCCAGUUGGGUACAGAGGCUGUGAAACUGGGGUGGGAAUUCUCAGCACUGGGACCUGGCAGGGCCUGGCUUUGCCUUUUCCUCCCCGUGCUGGGCUGGGGAAGGCUCUUGUGUCAGCCCCCACCAGUUUACCCACUGGGCAGACUGGGGAAACUGGGACAGAGGGGGUUUGGGGCCAGCCCCACUGCUGGGGCAGCUCCUGGAUUUGUGGAGCUCCUGGGUCUGUGGAGCUCCUGGAUUUGUGGAGCUCCUGGAUUUGUGGAUUUCUGUGUCAGCAGUGCUGGAGCUGUCCCUGUCACCACUCUGAGCUCCCCGUGGUCCCCCUGGCUGUACCCUCAUGGGAUAAAAACUGCCCCGCUCUGCUGACACCACGCACCAGGAGGGGCAAAUCACACCGAAAUUUCAGUUUUAGGAACUGUGACUUGUUUUUUAGAGUUGUUGAUUUCUGGUAGGGACAGAGAUCCACUUCCCAGUUCAGCUCUUUUCCAAUUUACUGCCUGUGGAAAAGAUGGGGGCACUCCCUCGUGCUUCUGCUGGGGAGUGAAAAGAAGAAAUUCUUUGCAUGUGAUAGUGAAAUUAAAAGUGCAAAAAGUUUUGUUUCUUUUGAUUUCUAACAUUAAGUUAGUUUUAUAGUACCUUACAUUCCUGCUCUCGUUGUUUUGUUGUUUUUGUUUUUUUUUUAAUUAGCCUGGCACAGUAUGAUGGUGCAGUUUUAGCUGUAGGAAAAAAAAAUAAAAAGAAAAAAAUAAAAAGUAACCCGCUAUUAACCAGAAGAGAAAGAUGAUACUGUGGCAGAUCAGUAGCAAAUAAGUGACUUAAUCAAUGCUUUACUGUAGUUAAAUAGCUAUGGCCUUACUACUUUGUCGAUAUCAGCUUAAUUGUCUUGAAACUGUCUGCGAUUUUUACUGUUCCCAGGUGACCUGGGCUGAGAUAUCUGCUAUGUACAGAUGAUAUUUUAAAUUUGUAAAAUGCACCAUUGUAUUACAGACGAUGCAACAGAAAUGCACUUCGGGGGGAAAACGGCUUCUGAUGAGUUUUUUUGUAAAUCCUUGAUUACUACAGAUAUGCAAUAGAGUUUUUUUGUUUCUAAUUUUGAUAUUUCCUUCUGAAACGUAAGAUUGUUGCCAUUAAUCUGAAUGAUUUAUCAUGCUCUUCUUUGCGUGUAUAUAUUCCAUAUAGUCUGAGCUUCCUUUAGGAUGGUACAUGAUUUUGGGUUGGAAUAUUUUAGUUGGCUCUUCUCUUCAGUGCCUUUAACGCAGGCACUUCAAGAGGUUCCUUGAGUCUGUUUUUAAUGUACAGUUGGGAGGACUUGAAAUGGAGUUAAAGCAACUUAUUUCUGAAAAAUAAAAAAAAUCCAUCUGCAAACUAACCUGUAACAACUUUAAAAUUUUAUAUUUAAGAACCAGAUGUUUAUUUUUAUGGAACUUCAGUUAUGGAUACAGUUUCCAGAAAAAAAAAAUGCAACUUCAAAUGUAAACAGACUGUGCAUAAAUGGGUUUUGUUCUAAUUUUUAUAGAAUACAAAAUAUUCAGAUAAUAUAUUGAGCUCGAGUUACUACAGACAUCUUGUUCCUCCCGGAUGAAUCCAGCUUCCCCUUGGCAUUGACGAUCUCUCUUCAAAGUGGUAGGAAAGGAGAAAAAAAGCGACUUUAUCUGGCUUUUAGACUGUCUGUUCUGGUUUCUUCCUGUUGUCAAAAUGUCCAAAACAAAAUUUGUGUAAAGUAGGUUCAUGCUUUAAGUGUUCAAAUGAUAAUACAUGUAUUUGUAUUUGUUUUUGACAUUGCCAAGGUGCUAUGGGAAAUUGAAAUAACAGUUAGAAAAAUAAAGCUGAUUUAAAAGAGAAAAAAAA